AUGGCAGCAGUAGCUGAAUCAAAUCCAUGUUCAACGUGUACAAAGCCAUCAGCUAAAUUUUUAUGCGUUGGAUGUGAUAGAUAUUUUUGUUCGAAACAUUUCAAAGAACAUGAACAAAAACUAUCCACGAAAUUUGACCAUGAAAUUGUGAAAUCGCACGAUGAACUACUCGAUCAACUUCAAAAGUUAGAAAAAUCGAAUUAUUUGUCAUCGGAUCUAUUCGCUCAAAUUGAAGAGUGGCGAAAAGCAACAAUCGACAAAGUAGACAAAGCAGCAGAACGAGCUCGUCAAGAACUUACUGAACUACUCGACAAACAAAAAAUAACAAUAGCGAAACAACUUGAACCAAUUACAAAGGAAAUUCAUAGUCGUCGAGAUGAAGAUGAUUUUGUCGAAAGUGACAUUCAUCGACUUCGACAACAAAUCAAUGAAAUCCAACGAUCAAUUCAACAAUUAAUUCGAAAAGACACGACGAAAAUCAUCAUUGUUGACAAUGAUAAAAUCGAUUGGAAUCGCCUUAUCUACGCUCAAGGAGAACAACAAAAACUUUCAGUACCAUUUCUACGCAGUGAAAAUGUGAAUGCGAAUGUUAAAUGGAUACAGAAUGGUGUUACAGUGGCUGGAGGAAACGAGCAUGGCAAUGACAUGAAUCAGCUCUAUCAUCCAUGGGGCUUGUGUGUUGAUGAUGACCAAACCAUCUACAUUGCUGAAUACUCGAAUCACCGUAUUAUGGAAUGGAAACCUGGUGCAACGAGUGGACGAGUUGUAGCCGGCGGAAAUGGACAAGGAAACCAUCAUGACCAGUUGAACUAUCCAACAGAUGUAAUACUUGAUAAAGAAAAUGAUAGCCUCAUCAUUUGUGAUUAUAACAAUAAAAGAGUAGUUCGAUGGCCUCGUCAAAAUGGUACAACUGGAGAAACGAUCAUCUCAAAUAUUGGAUGUUUAGGCUUGACAAUGGAUGACGAUGGAUUUGUCUAUAUUGUUGAUCACGAUGAACAUGAAGUCAGACGAUAUCGCAUGGGAAAAAAUCAUGGAACUGUAGUGGCAGGUGGAAAUGGACCAGGGGAUCGUCUUGAUCAGUUGGAUUAUCCGAGAUACGUUUUUGUUGAUCGAGAUCAUUCAGUAUACGUAUCAGAAUAUACCAAUCAUCGUCUUGUGAAGUGGGUAGAAGGUGCGAAACAAGGCAUUGUUGUAGCUGGUGGUCACGGUCAAGGACAUGGUCUUACAGAAUUAUCAAACCCUUACGGAGUUGUUGUGGAUCAGACAGGCACAGUCUAUGUGGCUGACUUUUCAAAUAAUCGAAUAAUGCGUUGGACUCAAGGAGCUACACAUGGAAGUGUCAUCGUUGGUGGAAAUGGUCAUGGAAGUCAAUCGAAUCAACUUCAUGGUCCCAUCGGUUUGUCAUUUGAUCGAGAGGGUAAUCUAUACCGUGCUUAUUAUAGUUUUAAACAAUUGAUUGAAGAAUAA